UCCAAGAUGAACAACAGGGUCCCUCACCACACAGCUGAGCAGCAAGCUCAUCAGGAGCACGACGCAGAAGGCGGUAUCCUGCAGACCAACAUUCACGAGCACCCCAAACCCCACAACAACCAGACCGAAGGUUCCCCUGAGCCUCGCCAUCUCCCUGCUCCCUCUCUCGCCGUCGAGAAAGAGGUCAUCAUCAUCUGCAAGACCGUCAACGGCAAGGUAAACCGCGAGUACCGCUUCAAGCGCGAGAUCAUCUGCCGCCACUCCGCUCGCAUCUUCGACCUGUGUCUGCGCCGCAAAGACUCCAUCAGUCCAAUCAUCUACGUCUACGUCGAGCACCAGCACAACAUCUUCGCCCACUACGAGCGCUGGGUGCGCAACUCCAAACUCCCUACCCUUGAAGUCGUUGACGCCGACCAGCGCGAUGUGCUCGGGCUUUGGAUUGGCUUGUACGAAAUGGCCCGCGAACUGGAGGAUUGGCGCAUGAUCGCUGCCAUCAACGACAACAUCAUCGACAUCGCCAAGAAGGGUUCGUGGAGUUUCUACAAGCGCAGCGUUGUCGACUACAUCAAGAAAGCCCCUGAUGGUGAUGAGCUUCGCCAGCUGCUGCUUGAUUUGCAUGUUGCUUGCUUUGAGAUCAACCUCUUUAAGCGCUACUUCUGGAUGCUGGGCCCGAGACUGUGCUUUGCGAUUGUAAGACGCAAGAUGUUGGCUCAUCUCCCUACCAUGGAGGACAUGGGAAAGGUUUGUGCUUAUCACCAGCAUGAUAACCUUUACCCUUGGGGUGGAUGCGGUAAAAAGCUGGCCUAA